CAGUGCGUGAUGCCCGUAUGGAUCGGGCGCAUUGCGCCACUUUGGUUUGUUAUCAAACAUUGUCUUGAGAGAAUAUUAAAACAAGGAUGGCAAAGAUAAACAAAUGGACGACGAUGUGACGUUCAAGAUAAACAAAGAGCUGUUGGAGCUGCAGGAUCAGCUGAAGACCAACAUCAAGAGUGAAGUGGACAGGACGUCUAAGUUGAAGCAAUUGUCGAAAAAGACUAAAGGACUGGAAAAGAGAGGUGGAAUGUUUAAGAAGAAAGCGGCUGAGGUAGAACAAAAGAUGUGGUGGAAGAGUGCAAAGUAUUGGAUCGUUAUAGGUGUAAUCAUUUUUGUGAUAUUGCUGGUGAUUUAUAAACUUUUCUUUAAAUAG